UUGUUAUUGUAAUUGUGGAUGUGUCAUCAUCCUCAUUCGGUUGCUGUGUCUGUGAAUGUGAUUGAAGGCAGGCUUCAAAAAAGAGAAAUUACAAUACAAAGGAAAAUAAAGAAAAGGGUGAUGAGAGAGAGCACUUUUAAUGAUGGGGUGUUCAUACUUUGACACUUAGAUCACCCGCUCACUGCAGCGUCGCUACUGAUUUUCAUAUCUUAUAUCAUUGGGAUACAGAAGAAGAGAGGCUCAAGGAAUCUUUUUCCUUUCAACCGCAUACAAAUAAAAGAAAAGAAAGAAAGAAGCAGAGACGAGUGGAGUGGUGACGAACAAGACCAAAGGGAAAAAAAAAAGAAAUAAAGGGUAAGACAGGGGAGGAGUGGGGAGAGGAGAUGAAAGGUGGGGUUGGAGGUGGUGGGGGUUCUUCUUACACAUUCCAUCCGAAGAGGCGAUGGAGAGGGUUCGUGGUGGCAGUGCUGGGACUGGUUAUCCUUUCAAUGCUCGUUCCUCUCAUCUUCUUGCUUGGCCUCCACAAUGGCUUUCACUCUGCGGGUUAUGUUGCCGAACCACGAAAUGCAGUACCAAGAAGUUUUGAUCAUUACGGCAACACUAGAACAUGGAAUCAGUCAGAGGAUGUCACUGAAAGCUUGGGCAAGGAAGCUGGAAACAGAACGAUUGAUGAGGAUGCCACACAAGUUAGUCCACCAAAAAGAGGUUUAUCUGCUCCACCUCCUGUUAUGUUGAAACCGCCUUCUGGUACAAAUCACACAAAAAUUGUUGUGGAAGUCAUUAAAAGUGUUGUUGAUGAAAGUGAAAAGUCAUGUGAGUUGAAAUUUGGGAGCUACUGCCUAUGGCGUCAAGAACAUAGGGAAGAUAUGAAGGAUAUGAUGGUCAAGAAGUUGAAGGACCGGCUUUUUGUGGCUCGAGCAUACUAUCCUAGCGUUGCAAAACUUCCAGCACAUGACAAAUUGUCACGUGAAUUAAAGCAGAACAUUCAAGAACUGGAACGGGUUCUCAGUGAGGCUUCUACAGAUGCUGAACUCCCUCCUCAGAUUGGGAAGAAGUUAACAAGAAUGGAAGUUGCAAUAACCAGAGCUAAAUCAAUCACUGUGGAUUGUAAUAAUGUUGACAAGAAAUUAAGACAAAUCCUUGAUAUGACUGAGGAUGAAGCUGACUUUCACAUGAAGCAGAGUGCUUUCCUCUACCAACUGGCCAUCCAUACCACACCGAAGAGUCAUCACUGUCUGUCUAUGAGACUAACUGUAGAAUAUUUCAAAUCUCCUCCACUUGAUAUGGAGGUGCAGCAGGAUGAGAAAUAUAUGAAUCCAGCAUCGCAGCAUUAUGUUAUAUUCUCAAAGAAUGUACUUGCAUCAACAGUGGUCAUCAACUCAACUGUAAUGCAUACAGAAGAAAGUGGAAAUCAGGUUUUUCAUGUUGUGACUGAUGGGCAGAAUUACUUUGCCAUGAAACUAUGGUUCAGCAGAAACACAUUUAGGCAAGCCAUGGUUCAAGUGUUGAACAUUGAAGAUCUUAAUCUGGAUCACCAUGAUGAGGCAACUCUAUUGGAUCUGUCAUUGCCUCAGGAGUUUCGUAUUUCUUAUGGCAGUGCUAAUAAUCUGCCUACAUCAUCAAUGCGAACAGAAUACUUGUCUAUUUUUUCUCAUUCACAUUAUCUUCUCCCCGAAAUAUUCCAGAAUUUGAAAAAAGUUGUGAUUCUAGAUGAUGAUAUUGUUGUCCAGCAAGACUUAUCAGCCUUAUGGAGCAUCAACAUGGAAGGGAAAGUAAAUGGUGCCGUGGAAUUCUGUAGGGUGAGGUUGGGUGAGCUGAAGAGUUAUCUGGGUGAAAAAGGUGUUGAUGAACAUUCUUGUGCUUGGAUGUCUGGAUUGAAUAUCAUUGAUCUGGUCAGGUGGAGGGAACAAGACGUUACAGGAUUGUACAGAAGGUUGGUACAAGAGAAGCUGAGCAUGGGGGAGGAAUCACUUGGACAUGUUGCAUUGCGGGCAAGCUUACUCUCCUUUCAGGACCUAGUUUAUGCUCUUGAUGAUACUUGGGUUUUUUCAGGAUUGGGUCAUAACUACCAUCUUGACACCCAAGCCAUAAAAAGGGCUGCAGUUUUGCAUUAUAAUGGGAACAUGAAACCUUGGCUUGAGUUGGGAAUUCCUAAGUAUAGGAAUUAUUGGAGAAAGUUUCUGAACCUAGAUGAACAGUACUUGACGGAAUGCAAUGUAAAUCCAUGAUAAGGUGAUCAAAUCCUGGUUUGCUGCAGGAAUUUCUGGGAAAUAUAAGGUUCAAGAAGCAUAAAUGAGAGGAUGUCCAUUUUUGAGUGAGAAUUUCUUUGAGCUAGGUUUCCAAAGGGUAAUGGGUGGUGAAAAGCUGGUACGUGAUUGCUGUGAUGAAUUUGACAAACGAGUACUUAUAAUUUUUUUGGUAAAUAAAAAAGGGUGUAGAAAAUCAUGUCUACCUUCUGGCUAAAAGCGGAAGGGUGAGUUCCUAUAUGUCAAGGACUUGAAAAGGGGUUUGAAAUGCAAUCUGAAACAAGAUAAUGAGAGGGAAAAGGUCAAUCGCACUUGCUUCACUUCUUAGUUUUGGUAAAAAGUGCAUGAGAGCCCAGUGGGAACCGUAGCAAAUGUUUUGUGUACACGGAAAAGGUAUUGAUUGAGUAUUUGUUUCAAGGAGGUCCAAUUGCCAUUCCUGAUGAUGUAAAUGAUCCUUGGAUUCGUCUGAUGUGAUGCGCCAUUAGAAUAAGUUUAUUAUUCUUUUUUUUUUUUUUUGGCCCCCUUUUCUGGUUCUCCUUUUAAUUGAUUUGGAUUUUAGACUUUUUUUUUUUUCAAUUUUUUACUGUAUUAAUCUGGAGCCACUUUCAACAGGAACUUGUAAUGCCAUUACUAUUGAUAUCUGAACGCAGCAAUUGGGCCUUUCGGGAAAAAUAGAGGCUAAAAAUUGAAGCUUUCUCUGAAUUGUAUGCUA